UCGGCGUCCCCAGUAUAAAUACUGCAUCCGGGUUCUCAGCGGCGCUGUUUGGCGACUCGUCGCCAUUCCCGGAGCAGCUCGGCCUCGGCCCCGGCCCUGAGGCGAGGCGAGUCCCCGACCCCCGCCCCGCUGCCCUCUCCCCUGCCCCGCGGCGGGAGAGCGAGAGAGUCCGGCCGGCCGGCGGGCGGGGCUCGCGGUCCCUCCAUCUCGCCCCGUCCUCCUUCCCCGUCCUUCUCCUCCCCGUCCUCCCUCUCCCCCCGCUCCGCCCCGCUCCGCCAGGCCCGGCCCGGACGUCCGAGCGCCGCCGCCGGCCUCCUCCGCCAGGCCUGAGCCGCGUCGGGGAGCCCUCAGUGCUCCGCGCCCGUCCUGAUUGCGAAGCCGAGGAAGGAAGCAAGGACAAUGUCGCCAUGAAGGCCGAGAACCGCUGCCGCCGCCCCCGCCGUCCGCCGCCGGCCCCCAACGCCAUGAGCCUGGCUCCCCGCCGCGCCCGCUCCGCUCCGAUCGAAGCCGCCGCCGUCGCCGCCGCCCCCGCCGCCCUCGCCGCCGCCGCUGCCCUCUUCGCCGCCCUCGCCGCCGCCGAGGCCCCCGUUGAUGCCGCACAGCUCGCCCAGCAGCAGCAGCAGCAGCGCCACCCCCGACAUGGACAAGACCAGCGGGCCCCCCAGCUCCUCCUCAGCCUCUGGGGGCUGCAGCAGCAAAGGGCAGCAGCCGCCCCGCGCAGCCUCGGCGGGGCCUGCCGGCGAGUCUAAACCCAAGAGCGAUGGAAAGAAUGCGAGUGGAUCCAAACGUUAUAACCGCAAACGUGAAACUUCCUAUCCCAAAAAUGAAAACUUUACCAACCAGUCCCGUCGCUCCAACUCACAGAAAAGCAAAACUUUUAACAAGACGCCCCCUCAAAGGGGCGGCGGCAGCAGCAAACUCUUUAGCUCUUCUUCUAAUGGUGGAAGACGAGAUGAGGUAGCAGAGGCUCAACGGGCAGAGUUCAGCCCUGCCCAGUUCUCUGGUCCUAAGAAGAUAAACCUAAACCACUUACUGAAUUUCACUUUUGAACCCCGUGGCCAGGCAGGUCACUUUGAAGGCAAUGGACAUGGCAACUGGGGGAAGAGAAACAAAUGGGGACAGAAGCCUUUUAACAAGGAGCUCUUCUUACAGGCCAACUGCCAAUUUGUUGUGUCCGAAGACCAAGACUACACAGUGCAUUUUGCUGACCCCGAUACCUUGGUCAACUGGGACUUUGUGGAACAAGUGCGCAUCUGUAGUCAUGAAGUGCCAUCCUGCCCAAUAUGCCUUUACCCACCAACUGCAGCCAAGAUUACUCGCUGUGGGCAUAUUUUCUGCUGGGCAUGCAUCCUCCACUACCUUUCAUUGAGUGAGAAGACCUGGAGUAAAUGUCCCAUUUGUUACAGCUCUGUUCACAAGAAGGACCUCAAGAGUGUUGUUGCCACGGAGUCACGCCAAUACAUUGUUGGUGAUACCAUCACAAUGCAACUCAUGAGAAGGGAGAAGGGUGUUUUAGUGGCUUUACCCAAAUCCAAAUGGAUGAAUGUAGAACAGCCUAUUCAUCUGGGAGAUGACCAGCACAGCCAGUACUCUAAGCUCCUCCUGGCCUCCAAGGAGCAGGUGCUCCAACGAGUGAUUUUAGAAGAGAAGGCAGCCCUGGAACAGCAGCUGGCAGAGGAGAAGCACUCUCCAGAGGCCUGCUUCGUGGAGGCGGCCCUCCAAGAGCUCAAGGCUCGAGAAGAAGCUUUGUCAGGGUUGGAUGAAACCAGAAGUGGCCAGGUCACUGAUGUUGUGACAGCAGUUGAAGAAUUGGUACUGAUAGCAGCCCCUCUGGACAAAGAGCCUCCCCUGGACAAAGAGCCCUUGCUCCAACCCAGCCCUGAGUGUAUACUGGAGUAUCUGUCUGCUUUUGAUGAAGAAAUUGUGGCCCCUCACCCUAGAGGAUCUUCCUCAGCUCCGCUUCCUAUUCCUCUUCCCUCUUCUCACCUGCUGGAAGAGGAGGAGGCAGCAGUGACUGAUCUGGAGCCUGAGAUGCUACCAGAGGUAUAUGACUCAGAUAUAGUGGAUGGAAAUGGUGUGGAAGGGACCACUUGCAGCAAAUUCAUCCAACAGGAGUCCAAGGCCACACUUGGUGCCAGAUCCUUGGGCAGUUCUCCUUGUUACUAUUUCUAUCAAGCUGAGGAUGGACAGUACAUGUUUCUGCAUCCCGUGAAUGUACGCUGCCUUGUGAGGGAAUAUGGCAGUCUGGAGCAGAGUCCUGAGAAGAUCACGGCAACAGUGGUAGAGAUAGCUGGCUACUCUAUGUCUGAGGAUGUUCGACAACGGCAUCGUUACCUCUGCCAUCUGCCUCUCACCUGUGAAUUCAGCAUCUGUGAACUGGCUCUGCAGCCACCUGUUGUUUCUAAGGAAACCUUGGACAUGUUUUCAGAUGACAUUGAGAAGAGGCGACGACUACGGCAGAAAAAGGCUCGGGAAGAGAGGCGGAGAGAGCGCAGGAUUGAGAUGGAAGAGAACAAGAAGCAGGGCAAAUAUCCUGAAGUCCACAUUGCUCUAGAGAAUCUGCAGCAGUUUCCUGCCUUCAAUGCCUGUUCCUCUGAUCCUACUUUGGUUCUCACCGGCACUGAGGGCCAUGGCUCUUUUCCACAGUCUCCUCUUAGCCGAAGCCCAGGGUCCCACGCAGACUCUAUGUUGGCUUCUUUGUCACCCACUGAUGGUCAGGCGAACCCUUCAUUCUGUGUCGGGAGCCUGGAAGAAGAGUCUCCCUUCCCUUCUUUUGCCCAGAUGCUGAGGGUUGGAAAAGCCAAGGCAGACAUGUGGCCCAAAACUGCCUCCAAGAAAGAUGAGAACACUCUGGCUCCUCCUGCCCCUGUGGACAGUGAUGGGGAAAGUGACAACUCUGAUCGUGUGCCUGUGCCCAGCUUCCAGAAUUCCUUCAGCCAAGCAAUUGAAGCAGCCUUCCUGAAACUGGACACACCGGCCUCCUCUGACUUCCUCUCUGAAGAGAAGGGAGGAAAGAAAAGGAAGAAACAGAAGAAGAAGCUGCUGUUCAGCACCUCGGUGGUCCACACCAAGUGAUGUUCCAGAUGAGGCCCCUGUCCUCUCCGUCUGCUGUUUGCUUUCCCCUUUGCUCUGUUUUGCUGCUAUAGUUUUUAAGGACUUGAGUUUGCACAGAUUAGCUCUGUUGGGGGAGGGGGGGGUUUCCACAGAUCCAGGGGAAACCAAAGGAACUAAUUUAAAUACAGUGUAUUUUCCAGCUUCCCAUAUUUACACCAGAAUAAAGUAUUGACACUCACAGAAAUGAACCUUUAGUCAAGGUUUCGAGUUCAUGCCAACUCGGUCUCCUUUGGCCUAUGUGCGGGUGGUCUUACCAUUGGAGUCCAGCUUCGUUCUGGUGCCUGGGAGGCCAAGCCCUCCUUCUGCAGCCACAGUGUGUACUCACUCUGGGGUACAGCUGUACUAAUCUGACCCCCUUUUCUGCUGCCUGUCUCACAGGGGAAGCUUCAGGGCAUCUUGGUUCUAGAGGACACACUAAUCACAGUUCACAUCUUUUUUUUUUUUUACAAGUUAGUCUCUUCUACCUGUUCUGGAUUUUCUUUUUCUUUUUUAAAGAACAGAAGGGUGUGGGAGUAGAUUGGAUUUAGGACAUCCAGCUCAAAUUGCAAUUGUUUUUCUUCUGACCAGCAGAGAGCCUGUAGUGCCAACUUCAUAGGGCUUUAGGCCUCCAGGUACAUAGUAGUUGGAUGUUGGGUUUGUCUGGGAGAGGGGAGGCUUCUCUCAAUCGCUUACCUUGAUGGCUCAAGAAGGAAAAGUGAUUAAAUCGGAUUGGUUAGAAAGCUGCUGUUGACAGUAUCCCUGCCCUCAGGGUUGGGGCAGGAGGUAGUUAUGGGAUGGGUUUGAGUGACACAAGCAGGGACAGCAGAGUUUCUGGCAGAGGGAACCACUGCUGAGCUAGGACCUCUGGCUGGGAUGUAGGAAGAGCAGAUUGGGUUGCACGGGCUUGGUGCUGAGCUGGGUUGUAAGCAGUAAUGCCUCAUCUACCUGCCUCCCUCAUUUUCUGGAGCAGUCUCAUUACACGCUGCUUGUGGUUUGGUUUGAAGCAGUUUCAGUGAUGUGGGUUUUUUGUUGUUGAAUAAAGUGACCUCUAGGUGUAACGUAAUGGCGAAGGCAAACAGUUGCAAUAAAUCAUAUGCACAAGA